AUGCAGCCAGGAGGCAGCGGACCAUAUCCAGAGCUCUCUGAAAGUGAGAAACGUCACUUCAGUAAGUACGGAAAGCUGCUGCGUGGAGGUUUACUCAGCCAAAAAUCCAAGGAACGGACCUACUUUGACUCUGGCGAUUAUGCUCUUUCAGCCGCUGAUCGUGUGACCGACAACGGUGCUAUUCAAACAGGAAAAGCGCAUCCUCAUCGGGACAGCAUUUCCCAUCCUUAUGCCCCUAUCCCAGCCGCUAGCAAUGUUGACAAGGAUGCCAUCGAAGAUUUGCAUAGGAAAAGUGCGAGUCCCGAAGAGAGUCCUCUCCUCCAGCAAACCAAUAUUGAACAUGCAGAACCCCUAAUCAAGAAGCGACAGGAUGAUCCUGCCCCUCAAGAAGGUUGA